UUGAACUGAGUGAGAACAAGUUAUUGUCAUUCGCGUCUAUAGUUACUUUGUUGUUGGUGUUUAGUUUAAGUAUACUCGUGCCUUGUGUUAGAGCUGCUGUUUUGUUUCGAACCUUGUUUAUCUCAAACUGCUGUUAUUUUCACAUCCACCCAGUUAGCAUGACCUAGAAAAUUGCAAAUGUUUUGUUAUCAGUAAACGAUGAUCGCUCGGUCGAUAACUUGCAAUAUUUUGUCAGUGCACGAACUAUUGUUUAGAAAUUACUAGGUAUUAGGAAGUGAAAGUUUUUUUUGUUUCUUACAAGUGAUAGAUCCGUAGCAAUAAAAAGAUCCUGUAAAUGAGUUAUGCAACCAGCAAUACACACAGGCCUCUCCUCCUUCAACAAGAUGAGGAUGACGAUAGCGAAGUCACAUUCGUUGACGAUAGCGGCUAUGCGGGUUCGAUCAAUGCUGGCUCGGUGAAUAACAUUCCCACGACAGCGACAGUGGGAACAAAGAACGCAACGAGAUGUCGCAGGGCGGAAGAUGGAAGCCUACGGAUUGCCCCCGUUGAUAAGUAUAAUUUUACUUAUGCAGUAUUUUAUUUGCUCGGGAUGACGACUUUGCUACCGUGGAACUUUUUCGUUACUGCCGAAGAGUAUUGGCAGGAUAAAUUCCGUAACAUAUCCAGUAACGACACCAAUGCUCUUACGCCUCGCCAACUCGAGUUCCAAUCGGAUCUAAGCAUUGCGGCUUCGGUACCGAGCACAUUAUUCUUGGUGCUAAAUGCUUGCUUCGGACACCGGAUUUCACUGCAAAUACGGAUGGCAGGUUCUCUAGUUAUGAUGCUUUUAGUGUUCAUAUGGACAACAACGUUGGCUCAAGUUGACACCGACCAGUGGCAGGAUACGUUCUUUCUUAUCACUCUUAGUUCGGUUGUCGUCGUCAACGCAUUUUCCGCCAUCAUGUCUGGUACACUUUUCGGAAUCGCCGGACAGUUCACAUCGGACUACAUGACGGCCGUAGUAAGUGGCCAAGCGUUGGGAGGAAUCUUUACUGCCUCCGUAGAUAUCAUUGCAUUAUCAUUCGGAGCGGCUCCGACAGCCACAGCAUUUGUGUUUUUCAUUAUCGGUACCCUGGUGCUGCUGCUCUCUCUCAUUCUGUACCUGAUUAUGUCUAAAACAUUGUUUUUUAAAUACUACACUUCUUCGCAAACUUUGAUGAGGAGCUCACUAGAUGUGGACGAAAUGUCCAGGGAACUACUGCCCCGGCACAGUCCAACGUUUAUCGGAGUAUUGCGGAAAGUUUGGUUAUUUGGGUUUUCUGAAUGGUUGGUUUUCGUUACCACACUAUCCAUCUACCCGGCAGUGACGAUCUUGGUCGGAUCGCAGAAUCAAUCCCACCCCUGGUCGAAUGUCUAUUUCAUGCCGGUCGUUAACUAUUUGCUGUUCAACACAGGCGAUUACAUCGGCAGGGUAUGCGCGGGAAUGAUCGAGUGGCCCUCCCAUAGUCCAUUCUUGAUUAGUAUGAUGACUAUUGCUCGAAUCGGCUUUGUACCAAUCAUGCUGCUGUGCAACAUCAAACCACACCAUAACUUUCCCGUCCUAAUCCAUUCGGAUUACAUUUUUAUCGCGCUGAUGGCUGGGUUCGCGCUUUCCAAUGGAUACAUUAACAAUAUAGGACUGAUCGGGGCACCGAAGGCAGUGGAUCCAUCGGAGAGAGAGCUUGCAUCUUCGAUGAUGGCCGCCUUCCUGGGAGUCGGUUUGGCGUGUGGAUCGACGAUUAGUUUUAUGAUCAUCGAGUUGAUCAAAUAAGAAUAUCUCGUAUCGUUACUCUUUCCAACACUGCUGCGAUAUUCAUUUUAAGAUAUUAUAUAGGUGUAUUUAGGUAGAGGGAAAGAAUAAUUGCAUAGAGGCAAAAGCACCUACUGCUAUAUAAAUAAGUUGAACGCUUAAAUGGUAAUAGCUGCAGAUGCCACCAGCCGGCCGUAUGCUGGAAAUAUCAGUAACAUAUUCAAUUAGAAAAUUAUUAAAAACAGUACAGAUCAUAUUGACCACUAUUAAGUGUAAUUGGCGUAACUGAUUAUUCCAUAUCACGAUUUCUGACCUCUGAAAGCUACUGGUUUUUAUGUGGUUUUUAGCUAUAGCUUUAUGAGUCUGUUUUACAUUGAUAGGCAGUUAGUACGUAAUCCCCGCAUAAAAGUAAGCCUUGGUCCGACUUCAUUUAAUAAUUUUAUUCUUUUUACAUUGUAGUACGGUAUUGAGUCUUUUGGAUUGCAUCAUUCAUGCAGCGGCAGAUGAAUCAGAGAGGAGUAGCUACGCAUUUACGGUGAAAAAAAAAGCAAAUGAAAAGACGUAGAACGUAAACGUAGAUUGUGCAAACAAAACGCAAUCAAUGAGGUUAUUGGGUUUUCGCAUCAUGUGCAUUGUUUGACAUGGAAAGUCAAAGCACGUGUGUGUUAAUGAAUAGAAAUGAUGAGGUUUCUGUAGAAGCGUGGUCAAGGACGAAGAUCUGGGAUGAUGUAUGGUUAUGUUUUGCAGCAAGUUGUGUGAAUGGCUUGAAUCCUGGUAGUUACGUAAGUUGUAUCUGCC